UUGGAGGAGAAAAAAAAAGUUUGACAUAAAUUUCUGAAAUUACCAAGCAAGUCAUCCAAUUUCUCCCCCUACCAACAAUCGUCUAAAGAGAAAGUACUGCAUACUGUCCAAGAAAAUUGACUUGCGACAGUGGGACAAUGGACGGGAUAUCCCAGAACAUUCAGACUUCAGGAUUUACUCUGGAUUUGGGUCCCCUGAAAGAGCCCUUGGCAUUUAUUAGAGUGCUCGAAUGGAUCUUCUCCAUAUUUGCCUUCGCUACGGCGUCAGGUUAUGCCGGCGCUACGAGCAUCAAUGUGCAGUGCCAGGGUAGCAGCACCAGCCAAGAAAUCACUGCUGUCUUUAACUACCCGUUCAGGCUAAUGGCCCAUCCAUACAUCGUCCCCUCCUGUAACAACGACUCCAGCACUAUCCAGCUCUAUCUGACCGGCGACCACUCCUCCUCAGCCGAGUUCUACGUCUGUAUCGGGGUGUUUGCCUUCCUCUACAGCACCGCCAGCCUGGUGAUCUACCUGGGCUACCAGCACGUCUACAGGCAGACCAGCCGUGGCACCAUUGUGGACCUGCUGUUGACAGCAGCCUUCACCUUCCUGUGGCUGGUGUCGUCCUCUGCCUGGGGUAAAGGCCUGACUGACGUGAAGUGGGCUACCAGCCCCUCUAACCUGGUAGGCUUCAUCUCCACCUGCAAGGACGUCGGAAACAAGUGCACACCAGGAGCAGUGCCUCACAUGGGGCGACUCAACUCCUCUGUGGUCUUUGGAUUCCUCAACCUGAUAUUGUGGGGUGGUAACUGCUGGUUCAUCUUUAAGGAGACGCCCUUCCACAAGUCAGUCAACCCCCUUGGUGACGCCGAGGAGGGUUUAGGUGUCAGGCCCAUGACUUCCUAACUGAGCAGCAGUUCCCUGCUGUCAACGGCUACGUUCCAGACUGCAUACAAAGCAGUUGCACUGCGCAAAUUAACCAAAUUAACCAAAUUAACCAAAUUAACCAAAUUAACCAAAUUAACCAAAUUAACCAAUCUUGCGGGCGAAUCUUAACUUUGACACAUAUUUGCACUUUGUCUACCAUUGGCAUCGAUGCAUAUGACUAUGUGCCUUUGUGGAAGUGAAGAUUUGCCCCUAAUGUAUUUUCUGACUUGUUAAACACUUGUGUGUUUUGAGGUACGUUUUGAGAUUUUGUGUGUGUGCUUUUUGCAGCCGAUCUGUACCCGGGCCUGAAAUUCUCUCCAACCAAGUAGUUCCUACAUUAUACCAUUUUCAAAUGCCUUGUAAAGUCGCAUGUCUCAUUCGGUGUAAAACGCUGCUUAGAAAUUUCUUCUAGUAGGUUAUUAAGUUGGAAACUUCUUUCUUUUCAUGCAUUGACUGCGCCACGUUUAUUAUAACGAAAUGUUGAAAGUGGUCCAUUUUUAAGUUAUCUAAAUAGGUACAAAUACGGAAUGGGGAACGCCAUACAUUUAGGUCAGAACUAGUUUUGUUUCAUGCAGGUAAUUGUUUAGUUUAACAGUAUAUCCAACGAUCAAAUGCAUCCCUCCGUUUAUUCAAAGAGUCAAGACGUGUGAAUUUAUUUUGUUGAUUAGAAACAUUUUUUUUUUUCAUUUUAUGCUGUUACUUUGAGGAUGGUUUAGUGUUUUUGUUGUGUGUGUGUGUGUAUAUAUAAAAAAAAGCGGUGCUUAUAUCAACGUUACAACAAGAAUAACAAGCUGUUAUUCUCUCACUGCUUGUUAUUUGGCAAAUUAAAAUAAAUAUUCACUCCGUUUUUGAAAUGGUUUGACAUUUCAAGUGAUGCCAAAAGCCAGGGAUCAUCAACUAAUGUAGAUUCAGCUGCAGGCAGAUUUCUUUGUAUGUAAAAACAUUUUUUUGUGGAAGAGGAGGGGGGGGGCAGGAGACUAUUAAUUAAAAAUCAUUUAUAGACUGCAAGAAAUCCAAACGGAUGUAUUUGACUGAAACAUUACAAACCUUGUUUACAUUUGAAUUUCGAUCACAUAUCUCUCUGAUGCGUGGGACUACUUUGAAAAGAUGUUCAAAAUUAAAAGCACUUGGUGCUGAUUUGCUGUUUUUAUGUCCAACAAUUUAGAACAAUUGCUCAGUAAGCUUUGCAGGCCAAAUAACAUCAAUCUGGCCCGUAGGUCACCAGUUGGGGAACCCUGCCAUCAGCAAUCCUACAGUACUUCCUGCCAUAAGCAAUCCUACAGUACUUCCUGCCAUAAGCAAUCCUACAGUACUUCCUGCCAUAAGCAAUCCUACAGUACUUCCUGCCAUCAGCAAUCCUACAGUACUUCCUGCCAUCAGCAAUCCUACAGUACUUCCUGCCAUCAGCAAUCCUACAGUACUUCCUGCCAUCAGUAAUCCUACAGUACUUCCUGCCAUCAGUAAUCCUACAGUACUUCCUGCCAUCAGCAAUCCUACAGUACUUCCUGCCAUCAGCAAUCCUACAGUACUUCCUGCCAUCAGCAAUCCUACAGUACUUCCUGCCAUCAGCAAUCCUACAGUACUUCCUGCCAUCAGCAAUCCUACAGUACUUCCUGCCAUCAGUAAUCCUACAGUACUUCCUGCCAUGUCUUUGAAAUGUGCCUUUUUUUCCCUCUGUUGUGCAGCAUGGUUUGCCAUAUUGUUUUAACAAUGUUGUACGAAAAUAAAGCCACCAAAACUCC